GCUACAAUUUCUGCAUCUAUGGAUGAGCAAAAUGGUAGUAUAUCUGAAACUUUUGUCCGGAAAGAUAGUUUAACCUUUCAUGCUGAUGAACUCAACAAGUCUUGCAGUAAGCAGCAAAGAAGUUCUGAAAGCAACUUACUUCUUCUCUCCACCGGCCAGGGUCUCUGUGAUGUUAAGAAUAAUGUCAAUUUAGUUGGUGCUGGUGCAAGAGAGCAUCAUAAACCUGAAGAGGUGGAUAACAAUGAGAAUGCUGAGUUAGAUAUUGGUUUUGGAAACGGUUGUGGGCCAGCUGAAGAUGUUGCACCAGAGACUAUACAUCAAACAUCUGAAGAAAGUGUACUUCAGGCCGAAGGGUCUGACUCAUCAAUGUCCCUAUUGCAACCUCUAAAUGGUACAUUGGCAUCAAAUGCAAUCUCAGAUAAGGGAGAAGAUGGUUUAUGCAGCAUUGAUCGGAAGCAUGACAAUGUAACAGGAUUUGAUGAGCUGAGGUUGGAUGAAAUAGAGCAGAUAAAUUUAAGCUUUGGUGGUGUACAAGAAUCUCCCUCGUUGCCAGAGGUUCCGGUAGAUUUGGCUAAUAAUCCAGAUAUAGGAGGUGCUUAUGGUUCCUCAGUUCAGUUUGAAUCAGAAGCCUUGUUAAAUAUGGCUGGCAAGCAUCAGCUUACAACUGUUUGUGUGUGGUGUGGAACAGAGUUCGACCAGGAGGCUAUUGAUUCUGAAAUACAAUCAGAUUCGGUUGGUUACAUGUGUCCGACCUGCAAGGGCAAAUUUCUAGGCAACUCAAUGCAUUAAACAGUGGUUCAGCCAUGCCCUUUGUUUUGUAUAGAAGGAAAAAUAAAAAAGAAAAAGAAGAAAGAAAAAAACAGUGGUUCGGCUAUGAAUUAUCACCUCUCAGUCAAGCCUUUCAUAUUUGAGUUUUAGAACAGGAAUUACUUGAUGUGGGUAACUUCUAUUAACUUUUUAAUUGCCUAUUGCUGAGCCCUUUGUUAUGUUUUUCCUAGCUAUUGACUUUGUAUGGCUUCUGGCUGCUUUGAUAUAUGUAUAUAUCUUCUUAGAUAUUGGUAUGUCUUAA